AUGAAGGUUUCUGCAGAAGGCUGCAAAUUGUUCUUCACCACCUCUUGCCUUUUACUCAUCUCAGGACUCACUGUCCAUUCUCUGUCUCACUCUUAUGAUGAUUCUGCUACCACAGAGUGCCUGGCAGAACCUCAGAGGGAACAAUAUGGAGGAGGCAUUAUAGUGAACCCAGCAUUCGAUCACAGCUUAGAGGGUUGGACAAUGGUUGGAAAUGGAGCAAUCGAAAAACGAAGAUCCAAUGAAGGCAAUGCAUUCAUUGUGGCCAGAAACAGAACAAAACCUUUGGAUAGUUUCUCACAGAAGGUUCAACUUAAGAAAGGAAUGAUAUACACCUUCUCUGUGAUUAUUUUCCCCUUUUUUCCACAUUCAGCUUGGUUGCAACUCAGUAAAGGAAGUGAAACUGUGUCAGUUGUAUUUAAAAUACAUGGAAGUGAACUGAUACGAGGUGGGCAUGUGAUUGCAAAGCAUGGGUGCUGGACUUUGCUGAAAGGUGGUUUAGUUGCAAACUUCACAAGCCCUGCUGAUAUUCUUUUUGAGAGCAAGAAUCCAACAGUGGAAAUAUGGGCUGAUAGUGUAUCCUUACAACCAUUCACCAAAGAGGAAUGGAGAUCACACCAAGAAGACAGCAUUGAGAGGGUACGGAAGAGAAAGGUGAGAUUCCAAGUAACUCAUAUAAACGAAACAGCAUUAGAAGGAGCUACAAUUUCCAUCAAACAAACAAGGCCACACUUCCCAUUUGGAUGCGGAAUGAACAACAAUAUCCUCACAAACAGUGCAUACCGGAAAUGGUUUAUGUCAAGAUUCAAACACACAACCUUCACCAACCAGAUGAAGUGGUACAGUACAGAGAAAGUUCAAGGCCAGGAAAACUACACUAUCCCAGAUGCCAUGCUGGCAUUGGCCAAUGACAAUGGCAUUUCUGUUAGAGGCCAUACCAUUUUAUGGGACGACCGAAACUUUCAGCCUGAAUGGGUCAAAUCCUUAUCUCCUCAGGAUUUGAGAGAAGCAGCAAGAAAGAGAAUCAAUUCUGUGGUUUCAAGAUAUAAGGGAGACCUGAUAGCAUGGGAUGUUGUGAAUGAGAAUCUCCACUACAACUUUUAUGAGCAGAACUUUGGUGAAAAUGCUUCUGCAAUGUAUUACUCAACAGCUUACCAUCUUGAUCCAAAUGCAAGAAUGUUCCUGAAUGAGUUUAACACCAUUGAAUAUAGUGGGGAUGUGGUUGCCAACCCAGCAAACUAUAUCAGGAAAAUUCGAGAGAUUCAGCAGUUUCCAGGAACUAAAGGAAUACCAUUAGGAAUUGGGUUGCAAUGCCAUUUUGCUUCUGGCAAUCCAAAUCUUGCUUACAUGAGAUCAGGGCUUGAUAUUCUUGGUGCAACUGGAUAUCCAAUAUGGCUCACAGAAACUAGUAUAGAUCCACAACCAAAUCAGGAAGAGUAUUUUGAAUGGAUUCUAAGAGAGGGUUACUCACAUCCUGCUGUUCAAGGGAUUAUAAUGUUCAUGGGUCCAGUGCAAGCUGGUUUCCAGAAGGCUCCUCUAGCAGAUGAAAAUUUCACAAAUACUCCAAUGGGAGAUGUUGUGGACAAGCUAAUUCGUGAGUGGGGAACUGGGCCUCAUGAAACCAUGGCAGAUAGCAGAGGAAUUGUAGACAUUUCACUACAUCAUGGAGAUUAUGAUGUAAUUGUUUCACAUCCUCAAACACACUUCUCCAAAACACUCAAUCUAAGUGUAAGGAAAGAGUUUUCACAGCAAACAAUCCAUGUGAAAAUGCAUGCCUGAAAAGGCAUCACCUACUGUUAAAGCAAACUGUAAUUACAAAUGUAAAAUUAAAAUAUUAUAAUAAAAUGGCUUGAAGCAUCAUCAUUAUUUGGUAAAUUACAGUUUCCUUGGGUGGUUUAAAAAUUAUGUUGCUUUCUCACAAAAUGGCUGCCUACAUUAAAUCCACAAAGUAGAUCCGGCUCCUC